AUGGUUCGUGUUGCUACAGAAUAUAUCAGCGUCGGCGGCAACCGCCAUGCUGGUGCUGCCGACUGGGACGUUCGCUCAGGUGUGUUUGCGUAUGGUGCGGAUAACAAUGUAGCUCUGUGGGAGCCCAAGUCCCACCGCGGAGUCCAUGCAUUGCUCGUCGGCCAUCGCGACAAAGUCAGCGUCGUACGCUUCGUCGCUUAUCCCCAAUUCAAAAGCAGCUUGCUGAUUACCGGGUCUGUGGACCACUCAAUCCGAGUCUGGAAACCGGUUGAACAAUCGUCAUCGUAUACAUGCGUCUGUGAGCUUACCGGGCAUACGGGAUCUGUCAACACUAUCGGCGUGGAUAACGGCUCGAAUGUAUUUGCGUCUGGAGCUGCUGAUGGUACAGUCAGGGUUUGGAGAUUGGAUUUCCAGGACGGUCAAGUGUCUGGACGACUAGUACAGACCAUGCCUAUGAUACCCAGGUUCUUCCCGCUGACCCUGGCUAUUCAAGUGCUGGACGCCUCGGACCCGAAGAAGCCAAUGGUCAUGGCUGUUGGAGGCACAACCAAUAACGUAUAUGUUUUCUCCGCGCAAGAUACCACCGCUCAAGAAAUAGAUUUCAUCCGGAGCGCCAAAUUGUCCGGCCAUGAAGCUUGGGUACGGUCUCUCGCUUUCCGCAAGUUUGACAAUGAAUACAUUCUAGCAUCAGCCAGUCAGGAUAAGUACAUUCGUCUAUGGAAAGUUCAUCGUGGUGAAAUAGCAUCUACACUCCCCAAGGAUGAGGAUGACAUGGCACUUGGAGGAGAUGAGCCGACACUUUCUAAUAAAGCGCACACAUUCAGCGCUUCUGGUGUGACUUAUUCCAUAACCUUUGAAGCUCUGUUACUAGGUCAUGAGGAUUGGAUAUAUACCGUGAACUGGAGUCCCACAACCGAAAAAGCACAGCUUCUAUCUGCAUCUGCAGAUAAUUCAUUGACGAUAUGGGAGCAAGAUCCAACUACCGGCGUGUGGGUUACAAUGGAAAGAAUGGGAGAAUUCAGUGUAACAAAGGGCUCGACUACGGCAACAGGUAGCACGGGCGGUUUCUGGAUUGGACUCUGGUCUCCUGAUGGCAAAGAAGUUGUGUGUCUGACUCGGACGGGUAGUUGGAGGGCAUGGACACAUGAUGAAGAGACGGAUAUUUGGCAGCAACGACUUGGGAUCAGUGGUCAUGUUCGUUCCGUAAACGACAUUCAAUGGGAGGCGAAGGGUGCAUAUCUUUUAUCUACAAGCUCUGAUCAGACUAGUAGACUUCAUGCUGAAUGGUUACGGUUUGGAGAAUCAUCAUGGCAUGAAUUCUCGCGGCCGCAAAUUCAUGGGUACGAUCUCAACUGCAUAGAUACGCUGGGACCUGCAAGAUUCAUCUCUGGUGCGGAUGAAAAACUUCUACGCGUUUUCAACGAGCCUAAACAAAUCGCCCAGCUAUUGGAAAGACUUUGUGGUAUAUCGCAGGAUGAAGAGGAAUUGCCAGAAGCAGCCAACAUCCCCGUUCUUGGUCUCUCAAACAAGGCUGUCGGGGAAGACAUCACAUUAACAGACGACCAACUCGGCGGGCAAGGAGCUGAUCAAAGGGAACAGCAAGCAGCACCGGUGUCUUUACCUAUGCAUCAACCUCCCCUGGAAGACCAUCUCGCUCGACAUACAUUAUGGCCAGAGCACGAGAAACUAUAUGGUCAUGGAUACGAAAUCUCAGCAGUAUCGGUUAGCCAUGACCGUUCUCUGAUCGCUACAGCAUGCAAAGCAAGUUCUAUCGACCAUGCAGUCAUUCGUCUAUAUGACACGAAGAACUGGCGUGAAAUUAAACCUUCUCUGACCGCACAUUCACUAACUAUAACAUCACUUUGCUUUUCGCCUUCUGAUCAAUACUUGCUGAGCGUGGGACGUGACCGUCAAUGGGCGAUUUUCAAACGAGAUGAACAGGAUCCUUCGACCUAUUCUCUGCUCAAAUCGAAUCCCAAGGCUCAUUCGCGAAUGAUCCUUGGAGCAGCAUGGGCGCCGUCAUCGGGACAACAAUCAAUAUUCGCAACGGCAGGUCGAGACAAGUGCGUAAAAAUUUGGCGAGAGACAGCUUCCUCAGAUGUAUUUGAAUGCAUAUCGACCAUCACACUCAAGACUGCCGUCACUGCGGUGUCGUUCCACUCGGAGAUUCUCUCUGAUGGCUUUCUACUGGCUAUUGGUGAGGAAACUGGACAAAUAUCAGUGCAAAAAGUAGCGACCGACAGUCUUGAGGCUAAGGAGUUGGUCACUUUUGAUACAACAUCUUCUCCGUCCAAGUCAAUCACGCAAAUCACCUGGCGGCCUAAACGAUCGUUAACAUUCAAGAAUAAUGGAGAUGAAGAGGGCGUACUGCUUGCAGUCGCAAGCGAGGACUCUUCUGUGCGUAUAUAUAGAGUCGCUCAUGUAUAG